GUAAUGGAGUUAUGGAUGAGAUGGUUCCUUCUCUUUUUACUUUUUCACUUUUCAUCCUCUCAUUCCUUAUGCCAUCCUUAUGACACUUUUCUCUUGCAUCAAUUCAAAGACUCUUUUACUAUUGUUACUUAUGAUGAUUGUUAUUAUCCAAAGACAGCAACGUGGAAAAAUGGAACAGAUUGUUGCUCUUGGGACGGAGUCACCUGUCACCCCAUCUCCGGUCAUGUGAUCGGUCUCAACCUUGCCUACAGUGGGCUUUAUGGCCAAAUCCAUCCAAACAGUACACUUUUCCUUCUUUCUCAUCUCGAAUCACUCAACCUUGCUUUCAACCCUUUCUAUCAAUCCCAUUUUUCAUUUCUUUUUGGUAGCUUUGCCCGCCUCACACACCUUAACUUAUCUGGUUCUGACUUCCAAGGUGAAAUUCCUUCCCAAAUCUCACACCUUACAAAACUAGCCUCCCUCGAUAUUUCUCUUAACCCUGAUUUAAAGUGGAAAGAAGGCCCUUGGAAGAGACUACUCCAAAAUGCAACAGAUCUCGAAGAGCUUGUUCUGGAUGAAACAGACAUGUCUUCAAUUUCAAUCAAGAUUCUCAAUUUGUCUUCUUCCUUAGUCAUUCUUAGUCUUCCAGAGACUCAGCUAAGAGAAAACUUGACAUAUGGUAUCUUUUGUUUACCAAAUCUUCAACACCUCGAUCUUUCAUAUAAUCUGUACCUUCAAACACACCUUCCAAAAAUUGGUUGUAGCACUACUCUUAAUAUCUUAGAUCUUUCAUAUUCUGACUUGCAAGGGUCAAUUCCUCCCUCCUUCUCUUACCUCUCACAUCUUACUUCCCUAGACCUCUCAUCUAACUCUCUUGUGUAUUCAAUUCCUCCCUCCUUCUCUAACCUCUCACAUCUUACUUUCCUAGACCUCUCAUCUAACUCUCUUGUGGAUUCAAUCCCAUCCUCACUCCUAACCCUUCCACGUCUCUCUUUUCUCAAUCUCAAUGGUAAUAAUCUUAGUGGUCAAAUCCCAAAUGUCUUUGCUCAGGCAAACAAAUUUAAAGAAUUGGAUUUCGCUGGUAACAACUUAGGAGGUGAGCUGCCAUCAACACUUUCAAAUCUUCAACAUCUCACUCUCUUGGAUCUUUCGAUAAAUAAAUUCAGUGGUCAAAUCCCAGACGUGUUUGUCGGGCUAACCAAAUUGUCAGCUCUUUAUCUUUCGCAUAACAAUUUUGAAGGAAAAAUCCCAUCUUCAUUGUUUGACUUAACUCAACUUUCUGAACUGAUAGUUUCUUUUAAUAAAUUACAAAGUCCUUUGCCCAACAGAAUAACAGGAUUUUCAAGUCUAAUUAGCUUAUCAUUUGAUAACAACUUGCUGAAUGGGACAAUUCCUUCAUGGUGUUUAUCUUUGUCAUCUUUGGUGAAUUUAGAUUUGUCAACAAAUAAGUUCACGGGGCUUCUAAGUGCAGACUCAUCAUAUUCCUUGGAGACUAUAAAUUUGUCCCACAACAAGCUACAAGGUAAUAUUCCAGAAACAAUUUUCAGUCUUGUAAAUCUUACUUACUUAGAUCUAUCAUCAAACAACUUAAGUGGAUAUGUUCACUUUCCACUUUUCUCUAAGCUUCAAAAUUUGGAAAAUCUUAAUCUUUCCAAUCAGUUUUUCCUUAAUUUUGAAUCCAAUGUCAACUGUAAUUUUUCCUCGUUAGAGAGUUUGGACUUAUCUUCUACGAGUUUAACUGAAUUUCCAAAGUUAUCAGGAAAAGUACCAAUAUUACAAAUUCUCUAUUUAUCCAAUAACAAAAUCAAAGGAAAAAUUCCCAAUUGGUUACCCAAAAUUAGCUCAUUAUCUAUGUUGGACCUCUCUCACAACCAAUUGGAGCAAUCACUGGACCAAUUUUCAUGGAACCAAAAUCUCCGUUAUCUUGAUUUUAGUUUUAACAAAAUCACUGGUGGUUUCUCUUCCUCAAUUUGUAAUGUAAGUUCAAUUGAGUAUCUCAAGUUGUCACACAACAAGUUGUCGGGCAUCAUUCCAGAAUGUCUUGCUAACUCAUCAUCCCUUCUAGUUUUGGAUCUACAACAGAACAAACUUCAUGGCACUUUGCCAAAUAGCUUUUCAAAGAACUGUUGGCUCGGAAUUCUGAAUCUCAAUCACAACCAAUUAAAAGGUUCUUUGCCAGAAUCUAUGUCCAAUUGCAGUACUCUGGCGCGUUUAGAUCUUGCCAACAAUCAAUUAGAAGGUACCUUUCCUCAUUGGCUUCAAGGUCUAUCACAGUUAAGAUUAUUGGUUUUGCGAGGCAAUAAGUUUCAUGGCCCCAUUGAAAAUUCAAAGACCAAACAUGGAUUUGCCAAUUUAGUUAUACUUGAUAUCUCUUCCAACAACUUCAGCGGCCCAAUUCCAGAAGACUACAUACAAAGUUUUGAAUCCAUGAAGAAUGUUGUUCAAGAUGACAAUGAGGAAUACAUCAUAAUUUAUGGUUAUGAUUCUUUGACUAUAACAACAAAAUCAAUCGUUGUUACGAUGGAGAAAAUUCGGACAGACUUUGUAACCAUUGAUUUAUCAGAAAACAGAUUUGAAGGAGAGGUUCCAAACGUGAUUGGAGAACUUCAUGCUCUUAGAACGCUCAACCUUUCUUAUAACAUACUUAGUGGUCCUAUUCCCCAAUCCCUGGGAAAUUUGACGAACUUAGAAUCGCUAGAUCUGUCCUCAAAUAUGCUUACUGGUAUGAUUCCUAAAGAACUAACCAAUUUGAAUUUUCUGGAGGUUCUGAAUCUUUCCAAUAAUCAUAUUGUGGGAGCAAUACCUCAAGGAAAACAAUUCAAUACAUUUUCCAACGAUUCCUACAAGGGAAACUCUGGGUUAUGUGGGUUUCCAUUGACAAAAAAAUGCAGCAAGGACAUUGAACAACAUUCUCCACCUUCAGUGCCCUUUAAGAGAGAGCAUGGAUAUGGAUUUGGAUGGAAACCGGUUGCUAUAGGAUAUGGAUGUGGAAUGAUAUUUGGAAUGGGAAUGGGAUGUUGUGUCUUAUUAAUAGGAAAGCCUCAAUGGCUUGUGAGAAUGGUUGCAUGACUUGAGAUUG